AGCAAAACUUCAGAAAAAAUUCUUUUACCAUCAUUAAAUCUCUGAUAGUACACACCCACAUAUUGAAGGCGAAAAAUUGAAAAGCAUUGAAAAACAAAAAAAGCAAAAAGAUUUUGAUUUCGCAAAAAGAGUUGGAAAAUACUAAAAAAAAACCCACAAAAGUCAUAUCGAAUUGCUAAGAAAUCACAUGACAAUUGCAACUGAUUAUUUCGAAUGGGAAAAUAAAUUGUUCAAUGCAUACACAUAUAUAUAUAUAUAUGUAUGUGUAUAUGUGCAAAUGUGUGUGAUAGAGUGGCAACAAAAAAUCUCAACGAACGAUUCGGCAGCUCACAAAAGAAUACAUACAUACAUAUAAAUAUAUAUAAAAAAUUGCAUAACAAACUCAUUUAUCAAAUCCGGCGGAUAAGCAAGGCAGAAAGAAGAAGAAGAAGCAGAAAAAACAUUAAACUGGAGAAAUACAAAUAAGAUUAUUACAAGACUAGAAAAUAUUCAAUACAAUGCAAAUAAAAACUAACUAAAAGUACUUGCGCUCGCUACAAAUGAUAUUAAUGCCACAAAGUUGCAAGUAAGAGACGUGGGCAAAGCACCGAGCACCGAGCGCCGAGCGUGUACAUAAUCACAAGCGAACAAAUUAUUGUGAGAUGAAAGCCAAGCGAAAGAACAACAAAGGAAGCAGCAGCUGAAGUGCUUCGCAUGUGGAAAAAAACCAGUGCGAUUUCAGCAUGAAAAAUGAUGUUUAUAUGAAAUUAUGGUGAAAAACACAAAUUCCAGGAUAUUGCAUACGAGCACAAGGACAUACACGUCACACAUAACGAUGCAAUAACAGCACAUUAUUAGGUCAAAUAAAAAGAAGAGUAAGACAGAAUAAAAAAUUACAAUAAGCAAAGGCGAAGAGAUAAUAAAGCAACAGAUAGAAAAACAAGCAAUAGAAAGAGAAAUGUGAAAAGGACAAAAAAAGCAAAGUGAAAAAAUGCUAAUGUAAUAAGUGUAACAGAAUAACACAAAAACGUAGAAGGGGCAAAAACAAGACAAGCGCGGCGUCAUACAUACAAAACUGCCAAAAAAUAUAGCGCGCAACAACAGAAAAGCAUAUACAGUGCGAAUAUAGAAAAACGCUGAAAGCUCGCGUAUAUCAAAGGUAGACAAAGUACAUAACGAAAAAGACAUUGCUUUGCGCUGCACAAGGCAAAUCUGUACAAUAAGCAGAAGACAUUAUUGUAACAACAAACAAUAUACAAAUAAACAUAACAUACGUACAUACGUAUAGACGCCAACCAUUUAAUGCUAGAUAGCAAGCAGAGAAAGCACAGAGCCAACAGCAAUUGUAACAUUUAUCAAAGCGCCUAGCGAGUAGAUCGUUUUUUGGCUCCCGCAUAUUUCUCACAUACGCACAUACAUACACGUAUGUAAACAUUUUAUAUGAAAGCACUACAUAUAAGCAAUGCAAGAUUUAUGCUUAAAGCAUUACACUACAUACCGUUGUGCUCGCCGUGAACUCAGUUCAAAAACACAUUAGUCCUAAUGAGUGAGCGUGUCAAAGGAGUAGAAGACGAAGAAGUUGACACAAAACUAUUGCUACUCCCGCAACUGUGAAAUAUCUUUCACACACUUAUACACACUCACACACUCACACACAACUCAAACGGAUAGUCUGUAUUCGUGCGCUGAGGUGUUGGUGUUUGGCGCUGUUGUAACUGCGCCAAAGUUUCAAGGAUUUCAAAUACACAAAUGUUGCCGAUAUUAAUGCCAAUGCACAUGCUCGAAAUUCGGAUAAUACUACUUUGCCUGCCAUCGAUAUUACUGGCGACGACGCUGGAGCCAGAACAAAAAUCAAUACUCACGGACAGUGAUUGGAAAAAGCUAUGGAUGCGAGGCGGUAUAAAUCCAGAUUCAAAAUUGGAUAACAAUCUCGAUACUAGUGAUAGUCCCAUGUUCGAGGAUAGUGAGAUGGCGCAUAACACGACCGUCCAGUUGGGAGGUACAGCAUUUCUGGUUUGCAAAGUGUCCGGCGUGGAUAGAGUGGGUGUAAAUUGGAAUCAAAUUUCUUGGAUACGUCGACGCGACUGGCACAUCCUUUCGUCCGGUGCUCAACUCUACACCAACGACGAACGCUUUGCGAUAUUGCAUGCGCCCGGCUCCAAUAUGUGGACACUGCAGAUAAAAUUUGUGCAACGGCGCGAUCAUGGCAUGUACGAGUGUCAGGUAUCCACGCCGACAGGCAUCAUUUCACAUUUUGUGAAUCUGCAAGUGGUCGUACCCGAGGCAUUCAUACUGGGCUCCGGUGAGCUGCAUGUCGACAUGGGAUCCACAAUAAAUCUCGUCUGCAUAAUUGAAAAGAGUCCAACUCCACCACAAUAUGUGUAUUGGCAGAAAAACGAUCGACUUAUAAAUUAUUAUGAUUCAAGACGUGACAUUUCCAUCGAGACAACACCCGGUCCGCGUACACAAAGUCGUCUCAUCAUAAGAGAACCACAAAUAUCCGAUUCGGGAAAUUAUACAUGUUCAGCCAGUAAUACAGAGCCAGCGAGCAUUUAUGUUUUCGUGUCAAAAGGCGAUAAUAUGGCGGCUAUAUCACGAAAAACUUCCUCGGCCGAUCGGAUUGCAGCGAUAUUUAAGUAUCUUUUGGCACCUUGUGUGCUGGUGAAUACGCUGGGUAUAAGGCGCAUUUUUUUAACCUAAGACUUAUAUUAAACGUAACGAAUAAAUUAUAAAUAAUCAUAUAUAAGGUAUUCGAUUUAGAACUAACUGCAAAAAAUCAUAGAAGAAUAUUGAAGAAAAAAAUCUAUAUUAAACUAAAUUAGCAG